AUGCCUCCACACGGUCAUCAUCAUCACGGUCAUCACGGUCACCACGAACACGUUACUUACACAACUACCCCAAUUGUCCAACCAAUGGUUCAACCAAUGCCAGUUUAUGGUCAACCACCAAUGAUGGUUCAACCACAAGUCGUUAUGGGUGCUCCAGUAGUUUAUCCACCAACCAAUGUUGUCAUCGAAACUAGCCACCAUCAUGGUCAUCAUGGUCACCAUGGACACCACGGACAUCAUGGUCAUUUCUUUUAA